AGCCCCAACAUUCAGCUUCUGCCAAGAGGACAGACGUAAGAGGAAGAAAAUCAUCCUUUCAGUUCCACCACAGAGCAAAGGGUAGGAGGAGCCAGGCAAGUGAGAUAGUGAUGCUCCCAGCAGGUACCAACAAGUGAGAGGUAGCCUAGAAUCUGAGCGCAAGGGAAAUGGAGAAGAGUCUGUGAGAGAAGACAUCCAGAGCUUUGACAGAAAACAAACAGCCAGUGUAUUUCCAGCUUUAAGCACCAGUCCUGCCUGCUCUUCAUCUCUGUUGACAUGUUGUGUCCUGUGCUGCUUUGUGCCACUCUGCUCCUCCUGGCGCCCCUGGAGAUCACAGAGGCUCGCGCUCUGCAUCCUUCUCCUGAUUCUGUGCAGUUUAUGGAGCAGUUUCUGGAACGCUAUAAUGACCUCUUGACCCUGGAUGACCUGGAGAACCUGUUGAACAGCCAGACAGAGGAGCAGUCCACUUUCUCUGGAGUGAAAGCAGCCGAGUACCCCAAGUGGGCUGAUGUACAAACACAACCUGAGACCCAGUGGCUGCGCCUGCUGAAGGGUGCUCUGACCAAUCAGAAGCGAGCAGAACCAGAUCGCUCACGGAGAGGGUGGAACCGGGGAUGCUUUGGGCUGAAGCUGGAUCGGAUCGGGUCCAUGAGUGGCUUGGGCUGUUAGUGGGGAGAGGAGAGAAAUAAAGACUGCCAUCCUGAAGGAUGUUUCCAUGCAUGUAGACUUAAUGCAGUAUAAUGUAGACUUGCAGUGUUGCUAACAUCGUGUCAUCCAGCAUAGAUCAGAUGCUUCGUGCUAUUGUGGUCGUUAACAGCGCAGUUGUAGUUUCUUCCACAAACUGAUUAUUAGAAUAUGUGAGCUAUGUUUGCAUCUCAUGAUCAUCUUUGUGCUUUUUUUUUUUUUUUUUUUAUUAAAUUGGAACUUUAUGUAUUUCUAGAUCUGUCUGCGUGUAGGAAAUGUGAAGAUAUUUUGUCAUUAUGUGUCCAGGGGAUUGUGUAAGACACGGUUACCAAAAAUGAUGGUAGCUGUGAUUCUUGCAGUUUGUUUACUUAUGAUUUGCAUGAAUAAAUGGAUUUGACACUU